AGUGGAAAUGUAACCAUAGAGUAGGUACAGAGUGAUUCCCACUCUGAUUCUGAAAUAUAAUACGGCUAACAAAUCUAGUAAUUUUUUUUUUUUGUAUUUUCUUUUCGUAUUACGUGAAGCAUUUCAGAAAACAACAUGAAGGUUUCAAGUAUGAAUUGCUACCGUUUAAGGAAACUCAUAAGGAAAGAGUCCGGUAGCUGUCUGAUUGUGGAUUGCAGACCCUACUUUUCCUUUUCGACUUCCAGUAUUAAAGGUUCGGUCAAUGUCAACUUGAAUUCUGUUAUAGUCAGGAGGUCUCGCGGUGGCACCGUGCCUUUGCAGUUUGUGAUCCCAGACGAGAGAGCACAGAGCCGCCUGCGAGAAGGAAGCAUCUCCGCGGUCGUAGCUUUGGACGACAGGUCCUCCCAUUGGCAGAAAGUGAAGAAGGACAGCACGGCUCAGAUUGUGAUAAACACACUACUGGGUCUUACCAACGGAGCCAAAAUCUGUUUCCUUAAAGGAGGAUAUGAAAGCUUCCAUUCCCAGUACCCUGAACUUUGCACAGAGCUGAGACCAGCCACACAGGGCAGAACUGAAACUUCCACAAGCCUCAGCAAUAGCCCUUAUGAGAAACUCAGCACUAACCAUAAAGCAGCUUACGAUCAGGGCCAGCCGGUUGAAAUCCUUCCUUUUCUUUACCUCGGGAGUGCCUACCAUGCCUCCAGGCAGGACUAUCUCCAUGACCUUCACAUCACAGCACUGCUCAAUGUCUCCCGCAGAGCCACUGAACAGUUCAAAGGACAGUUUCGUUAUAAAUGGAUACCAGUGGAGGACAGUCACAUGGCUGACAUUAGCUCCCACUUCCAGGAGGCAAUAGAUUUUAUUGACUGUGUUAGGCAGGUGGGAGGAAAGGUCCUGGUGCAUUGUGAAGCUGGCAUCUCCAGAUCGCCUACCAUCUGCAUGGCCUACAUCAUGAAAACCAAGAGGCUCAGCCUGGAGGAGGCCUUUGACUUUAUCAAGCAGCGGCGUGGGCUCAUCUCCCCAAACUUCGGCUUCAUGGGUCAGCUGCUUCAGUUUGAGUCCAAGGUCCUCUCUCCUCCCACCACCCAGGUGGCCACCUGCAAAAGGGAGCCAGUCUCCUUCUUCACUGAGGAGUUCCCCUUUAAUAAGAGCUGUGAGGGCUCUGUCUUUGCUUUCCCUACAUCGUUCCUGCCAGUCCAGUCUCCCGUGCACCAGCUGAAGCUCAACUCUAUAGCUGCAUCGCCUUAGUGCUGAACCUGCGUGAGGGUGUUUCCUUAAAAUACUUGAAUCCCAUGCACAAUAUGCAUUUUUUUCAUCUGACACUGGAUAAAGGCAGCAGUGCUGCCCAAAGGAGAAACCGUUAAGACUGACUGUAAUAAAAACCACUUCUAUUUUGUUAUAAAAUGAAAUCAAAAGUAAUGUCACCUGUAAAGAGGUGCCUUACAUUAAUCACAACUGGACAGGAUACGCCUUAUCCACAUAACAUGAUCUGAUCAGUUACAUCUUUCAUAUGAUGAGCACCUGUUUAAUUUAUUGAAAUGUAAAAAAUAAUAAUACUAAUAAUAAUAAUAAUAAGUGGCAUAAUGUUGUUAUACACCAUGCCUACUGAGUUUAUAAGUUUUAUUUAUUUAUUUUG